AUGAACGGUGCCACAGUCGCUACGGAUGAUCAUGUUAUACUCAAUCCUAGUAUCGCCCAAAGAUACGGUAUAUUCAUGCACACUAUGCCUAUAGAAACCACCGACUUCGAAAUCCUAUUCGAUCUCUCGGUAACUGAUGGUCCAUCUGGAAGUCGCGACUCGGGUUUCGCUUUAUGGUUUACUACGAUGAACUAUACUGCUGAAUUUUCGAAGAUUCGUGACGAACUACAAAAAGGUGACAAUAAGAAAGAUUGGAGGGCAGCCUUCAACGCACUUGAUUAUUCCCUUCUCGGCCAGAAGUCACGUUUCGAUGGCUUUGGUAUCGUUUUUACUCCUAAAGGCGCCUCAGGAGAUGAAUACACAGUUUCGGUAAUCACCAAUAGGAACGACCAGACGAUAUCCUUCGACCGGGAUAUACCAGAUCGUGCCUCCUCAGCUAGGGUUAACCUACAUGCCAAUGGUGCACCUGUUAGAAUUGGCAUUCGUGUUCGUCCGGAUCUCAUUAUGGUUCGUUAUCGUGAUGGGAAUAGACAUUGGAGUGACCUCACCACAAAGAGAGGUGUAUCAUUGCCGUCAUCUGGUUAUAUUGGCUUUACGUCGUGGAGUGGACAAACUCUCCCCACUGAGAAGGUGUCUAUCAUCGAUAUGCAUGUGUACAACAUGGAUAUGCAUAAAGCAGGAGAGACCUUAUCACAGGAAGUAGUUGAUGAGCUUUCUGAUGGUGGCAAGAUCGAUUGGCAAGAACUACUGACGAAGGACAUUGGUGAGGAUACCUUUCAACAGACUUUGGCUCUCCAGAAGGUCACUGAGAUACUCCUCAACUACAUACAGACAACCCAGCCAGAACUGGCUAAGGUCCAUGCUCAGCUCGAUGGUUGGUUAAAGGAGAUGCUCACGCGGGAAUCCGGCGAUCAUAAGGACCGUGUUGAGAAGGUUAGAGAGCAGUUAACCAAGGUUGAUGGUAAUGAUGGACGUUCGCUGAUAAGUGAUGAUUUGGAAGAUUCCAUCAGCAGUUCGCAUAGUUUAGCGAAUAAGCUCUUUAUGCUUUGUAUCAUAGUAGUUGUCGUCGGUGGUUUGUAUGUUUGGCGACAAUUACAAGUCGUGGAGAAAAAGCAUCUUUUCUAA